CUGUCUCGGCGUCUUGGACGGCCGUUAGCGACUUUGCUAAUAAGUUGAAUUAAAACAACUGUUAUAACGGAUAGUUUAGUAAAAAUGAAGGCGACACAUAUUAUUCGCUAUAUUGCUUAGAAUCCAAAACACAGCAAUCAUGUAGACUUGAUGAGAAGUUGCCACUGUGUCCGUUAACAACGCUGGAGAAAUGUGACAACACCGCGAUCAUUUUAGUGUGAAAAUGGCCAAUCCGGAGAAGAAUGAGUCCCUGUCCGCUCCUGGAUCAAGGACUGGGGCGUCGUCUAUGGCCCAAAUGCGAUCCAGGUCGAACACCCUGAUGCCGACAGACGAAGUGUCCAUGCGCCAGUCAGCUUUGUCAUCAGUGCUCGCCCAUGCCUCGUCCUCGGCAGUAGGAAAAUGCCGUGCGAUCGGCGGCAAUGGGCCCAUUCGAGACCGAUCCAUGUCACUGGCGCAGGCACAGGAGACUGCCAAAGAGAAACAACAACGAGCAAAAGAAGCCAGAGAGGAUAGAAAAUCUCGCAUCGAUCUGACGCACAGACAUUUGAUCGAAUGCACUGCACAGCUUCUCGGUCUGCAAGAAAUUCAAGUGGAGGAAAGCAUUCUAGACUGUGUCAAAAGUAUUGAGAUGAUCGAUGACCUGUUCGCCAAGGAGGGCAGUAAGUCGCUCUUCAUGUUCUACAUGGAAGCUGAACCUCCCGGCCCCGAGUCUGGACGAAUCAUUGGCGCCGCAGCCAGGGCCAACAAAGUCCGUCGCAUCCUGAUAGCUGACGACACGCCUCUACAGGCCCAAGGCACUUGCAUCUUCUUCUGCCGCGACAAGAACGACGUCCCGAUCACGAUGAAAAACAUCGCCGAGGAGUUGCGCUUCGGCAGCUUCCAGCUGUCUGGCGAUGGCAGCACAGGCGGCGUACUGACCGGCCUGAACCAGUACCUCAGCACCAUCUACAACCCGGUGCUGAAGGCACUCCGCAACUGGGGACAGAUCGAGAAAGACUCGCACCACAUAUCCGACUUUCUCGUCAACAUGACCGGUCUGGCAAACUUUCUGGACGCGGUGCACACCAACCUGGAGCAGCGCGUGGUGCUGAAGCAGAAUGAGGAGCUGUCGACGCACCUGGGCACGCCCCGCGAGGUGAUCGCCGCCGCCGCCAACCCGGAGCUCAUCGAACAGGCCGAGGAGCUGGUACUCUCCUGGUGCAAACAGAUGGAGACCGUGCUGGUGCAGAGCGAACAGAUGCGCAAGGAGGGCGACGACACGGGCCCGCUGGCCGAGCUCGAGCACUGGAGACAUCUGACAACCAAGUUCAACGACAUGGUGGAGCAGAUCCGCUCGGAGCCCGUGCAGAUGGUGCUGCAGGUGCUCAUCCAGUCCAAGUCCAAGGUGUUCAAGGCCUGGCGCGACAUUGACAUGCGCGUGACCGACGCAGCUAACGAGUCGCGCGACAACCUCAAGUUCCUGUACUCGCUGGAGAAGUUCUGCCGACCGCUGUACGCCUCCAAUCCGGUGGCCAUGCGAGAGGCGCUGCCCAGUCUGAUCGGCGCCAUCCGGCUCAUCAACACCAUCUCAAGGUACUACAACACGUCGGAGCGGAUGACGUCACUGUUCGUCAAGGUGACAAACCAGAUGGUGAACUCCUGCAAGAGCUUCAUCACUGACGACGGCACCAGCGACAUCUGGGAGCAGCCGUACCGUCCGCUGGUGGAGAAGCUGCAGGUGUGCAUCCACCUGUACCGAGACUACCAGGCCUUCUUCCACAAGACCAAGCGGCGCAUUCAGACCACGCCCGACGAGAAGCCCUUCGAGUUCUCCGAGAUGUACAUCUUCGGCAAGUUCGAGGCGUUCUGCAAGCGACUGGAAAAGAUCAUCAACAUCCUCGACACCGUUGACCACUUCUCGGUGCUCACCAGAAGCAGAAUAGAGGGCAUCGAGAUCCAUGGAAAGAAGUUCACCGACAUCUUUAACACUAUCAAGAAGAAGACAUACGACUUCUUGGAUCCUCGCAAAAUGGACUUUGACCAGGAUUACGAGAACUUCCAGAACCAGAUCUUCCAGCUAGAAAGAGCCCUACAGGCCUUCCUGGACAAGAGCUUCACGAACAUACGGACUGUGUCGGAUGCGCUCAGACUGAUGCAUCGGUUCGAGCUGCUGAAGCUAGACUGCUUGGAGCUUAGCGACAAGUACAGCAUCAUCAUCGAAAAAUUCACGCAGGAAAUAGCUACCACACGCAAGCUGUACGAGGCCUCCAAGGACGACCCGAUCAUCAGUCACAAUAUGCCACCUGUGGCGGGCAAGAUCGCUUGGGCUCGAAACCUGUACCGGAGGCUACGCGAGAUCAUGGAGUGCCUCCGCAAGAACUACCCAGAAACGCUGCAGUGUGCAGAGGCUCGACCCAUGAUCCGGCAGUACAACCAGCUGUCAAAAUGCCUGAUCCGCUACGAGAUUCUGUAUCACGAAGCGUGGGCAAAGUCCGUGGACGAAGUGCGUAACGGUCUGAUGGCGCCCAUCCUUGUGCGCCAUCCUAAGACCAAGGAGCUGAUCCCCAACUAUGAUCCACUGAUUCCGUUGACGAUACGCGAAGCUGACUGCAUGCGCAAGAUGGGUCUCGCUAUCCCGGUCACUGCAAAUGUGCUCAGCUAUCGCAAGGAGCGAAUUUUCGACGCCCUGCAAGGUGUGCAAGGUAUUCUGGAGAGGAGCCAGAAGGUGAUUGGCCAGAUUCCUGAGCUGUUCGCGCCCAUGCUCGCGGCACUGACGCACAAGGUGGACAAAGCUCUGCAGCCGGGUCUCAUCAGUCUCACGUGGACGUCACUAACGCUGCACGAGUAUUACGACUCUGUCCACAAGGCUAUCGACGACCUGGAGCUGAUGAUCAAGCGGCUGACUGACAUCAAGGAGCAGCGUAUCGACUCGGUGCUGGACACGAUGGCCAGCACGCUGCUGGUCGAGCUUCCCGAGGAAGAGCCAUACACGACCACCGAGUUCCUCAGCCGGCUGGAGAAGCACAGCGGUCGAGCCGCCAUCACACUCGACUUCCUCUCGUUCAAGGUGGAGCAUGCCGUGUACGAGCUGAUUGAUAUCUUCCUGCAGAACGCCGACGUGGGUGAUGCAGAGCAGCCCAACCGCAACCAAUGGCAGGAGUACGUGGAGCUGGCGGCGCGGCGCGAAGCCGACAAGGAAGACCAGAAACGGAAGUCGAUGGCCGGAGAGGAUCAUAUGCCGUCUGACCUCAGCAUGAUGAAUCUGGACACCCGCGUUGAGGCACUCUAUGACACUUGUCGUGAGCUGUACCAGUUUUUCAACGCGCGCAACUCGGAGGCACUGGUGCGCGCCACCAAGUACUCUUUGGAUGCCAUCAAGAAGCGCGUCUUCCUGCCGACGCGCUCGAUGCUGGUGGCGCGGGACGACGACGAAGCGGAGGACCUGGCGCCGACGCCGCCGUUCCUUCUCACCGACAUCAUGCUGGCCAUUCCAAACAUCGUCCUCAGCCCCAGCAUCGACGACGUGCAGGGCGUCAUCAACAAGGCGGCGCAGAUGGUGCUGGAGGUGAACCGCGAGAUAGCGCUCUGGGGCCAGGGGCGCACCUUCAGCCAGCUGAAGAUCAGCACCCAAAUGGAUCUGGCGCCGGCCGAGGCAGAAGACGAGGCUGCCACGGACGGCGAGUCGCCCGCAGAUGAGACCGCCGAGGAGAAGGAGAAGCCGACAGAGCUACCCAACAGGAGGCUGAAGACGUACUACCGCUCCGUGCGCGAGCACAAGGAUACCGGCCGCAUGGUGAUGAUGCUGCAGACGGCGCUGUCCGCCAUGAAGCAAGAGAUCAACAGCGUGGUGCAGCGCUACCAGGGCUACAGCUACCUCUGGGAGAAGGACCGCAACCAGGUGGUGGAAGAGUUUGUGCAGACACACCCCAGCCUGGCCAUGUACCGAGCGGAGAUCGCCAAAUGUCGUCAGCAGCGAGACGAUGUGGAGGCGAUGGAGGCAGCUCACCGGGUCGGCCCGCUGCAGCUGUCCACCGAGCUGCUGAAGGUGUCGCUGACGGUGGAGAUCGAGGCCUGGCUGCGCGCCUACGCCAGCCGCCUCCACCAGGAGUAUAGCGUCAAGCUCGACGACGUGGCAGAGUUCUUCAAGGAAAACUCGCACCAGCUCUCCAAGCCGAUCAAAGAUCUGGAUGACGUCCGAAACGCCAUGGAAUGUCUGAAGACGGUUCGCGAUCGCCAAAUCGAGAUUGAUAUGCUGCUCGGCCCGGUAGAGGAGGCGUAUGCGCUGUUCAACAAGUUUGAGAUCCCGGUACCGAAAGAAGAGGCGGAAAAGGUCGAUGGCUUACGAUACGCCUUUGAGAAGCUCAUCCAGCAAUCAAUAGCCACCCAAGACUACCUCUGUAGCGUGCAAGACACAAAACAGGACGAGCUGGUUGCCUCGAUCAAACAGUUCGUCAGUGACCUAUCAGAAUUCGACGAGCAGUAUGAAAUUGCUGGACCUAUGGAGGUUGGAAUCCCAGCCCAAGAGGCCAGCGACCGCCUUGCUCUCUUCCAAUCGCGUUUCGACGAUCUCUGGCACAAAUUCCAGGUGUACACAGCCGGACAAAGACUAUUUGGCCUUGCUGAGAGCGACUAUCCCUCCCUCCACACAACGAAAAAAGAGCUAAAUCUGCUCCAGAAACUGUAUGGCCUCUACAACGAAGUGAUGAAGAGCGUGAAUGGCUAUUACGACACGGCAUGGCCUGAUCUGGACAUUGAGCAGAUCAACGCCGAGCUGAUUGAUUUCCAGAACCGCUGCCGCAAGAUGCCAAAGGCCCUACAGACAUGGCCAGCCUACACAGACCUAAAACAACGCAUCGACGACUUCAACGAGACAUGUCCUCUGCUCGAAAUGAUGGCCAACAAGUCCAUGAUGGAGCGCCACUGGGAUCGUAUCGCAACACUUACUGGCUGCACGUUCGAGCCCGAGUCUGACAGCUUCAUGCUUCGAAACGUCAUGGAAGCUCCACUGCUGAAGUUCAAGGAGGACAUUGAAGACAUCUGCAUUGGAGCAACAAAAGAGAAGGACAUUGAGUCGAAGCUCAAGGGCGUGAUCGCUGAAUGGGCUCUACAUGACCUCGCAUGUGCUCCAUUCAAGAGCAGAGGCGAGCUCUUACUGAAGGGACAAGAGACAGCCGAGAUCACAGCGCUGAUGGAAGACUCCCUGAUGGUUCUCGGUUCACUGCUCAGCAACCGGUACAACGCACCCUACAAGAAAACGAUCCAACUCUGGGUCCAAAACUUGAGCAACACCAGCGAAAUCUUGGAGAGCUGGAUGACUGUGCAGAAUCUGUGGGUGUAUCUAGAAGCCGUAUUUGUCGGAGGUGACAUCGCGAAGCAGCUACCCAAGGAGGCCAAACGGUUCCAGAACAUCGACAAGUCAUGGGUGCGCAUCAUGACAAGAGCUCACGACAUUCCCAACGCGGUCGAGUGCUGUGUCGGUGAUGAAACGCUCGGCCAGCUGCUACCACACCUGCUUGAGCAGCUCGAAGUCUGCCAGAAGUCCCUCACCGGCUACCUGGAGGGCAAACGGCUGGUGUUCCCAAGGUUCUUCUUCAUCUCUGAUCCGUCUCUGCUUGAGAUUCUGGGACAGGCGUCUGAUCCGCAUACGAUCCAGGCACAUCUCCUCGGAAUUUUCGAAAACGUGGCCACCGUUGAGUUCCAUCCCAAGGACUACGAUCGCAUCGUAGCCGUGCUGUCCAGGGAAAAGGAGCGCAUUGAACUUGACAAGUCGGUGAAAUGUGAAGGCAACGUCGAAAGCUGGCUGGGACAGCUUCUGGAUGAGCAGCAGAGCUCCCUGCACAGCGUCAUUCGUACCGCAUAUCAGAACAUCAUAGAUCCUGACUUUGAAAUCAUGACGUUCUUGGACACCUUCCCAGCCCAAGUAGGCUUACUCGGACUGCAAAUAGUCUGGACGAAGGACGCAGAAGUCGCGCUCAACAAUGCCAAAUACGAUCGCGACAUCAUGCCAGAUACCAACAAGAUGUUCCUCAACAUCCUGAACAGGCUCAUUGACAUGACAACAAAGGACCUCACAAAGUUUGAGCGGAUCAAGUAUGAAACGCUCAUUACGAUCCACGUCCACCAGCGCGAUAUCUUCGACGGGAUCGUCAAGAUGCAUGUGCGGUCUGUCAAUGACUUUGAGUGGGCUAAGCAGUCACGAUUCUACUUCGCAGAUGAUGAGGACCUGUGUCUGGUUAAAAUUACCGACAUUGACUUCAUCUAUCAGAACGAGUUCCUCGGCUGCACUGACCGACUGGUGAUUACGCCACUCACAGACAGGUGCUACAUCACUAUCGCGCAGGCGGUCGGCAUGUCGAUGGGUUCAGCACCUGCUGGCCCGGCAGGAACAGGCAAAACAGAGACAACAAAGGACAUGGGCAAGGCCCUUGGCAAGUACGUUGUCGUCUUCAACUGCUCAGAUCAGAUGGAUUUCCGUGGUUUGGGACGCAUUUACAAAGGACUUGCGCAGUCUGGAUCUUGGGGAUGCUUCGACGAGUUCAACCGCAUCGAACUUCCAGUGCUAUCCGUCGCAGCACAACAGAUCCACAUCGUCUUCAACGCCCGGAAAGAAAGAAAAACGAGCUUCAUCUUCAGCGACGGUGACAACGUCUCUCUGAAUCCCGAAUUCACCAUCAUCAUCACCAUGAACCCGGGAUAUGCUGGUCGCCAAGAGCUUCCUGAAAACCUGAAGAUCCAGUUCCGUACAGUGGCUAUGAUGGUGCCAGACAGACAGAUCAUCAUGCGAGUGAAACUGGCCUCAUGCGGUUUCCGUGAGAACAUCAAUCUGGCGCGGAAGUUCUUCGUCCUCUACAAACUCUGUGAAGAACAGCUAAGCAAACAAGUGCACUACGAUUUCGGACUGCGCAACAUCCUGUCCGUCCUGCGGACCCUUGGUGCGCAAAAGCGAUCACGACCCGAUGAACCCGAGGAAAUGGUAGUGAUGCGCGUCCUUCGUGACAUGAAUGUCUCCAAACUAGUCGACGAGGACGAGCCACUCUUCCUUUCGCUCAUCAACGAUCUGUUCCCAGGACUCCAGCUCGACAAAGUGGUUCGUGCUGAGCUGAUGCAAGCUAUUGCCAACCAAGUGCAAAUAGCCAAGCUAGUCAAUCAUCCUCAGUGGAACCUGAAGCUCAUCCAGCUUUACGAGACAUCGCUUGUGAGACACGGGCUGAUGACACUGGGUCCAACUGGUGCAGGAAAAACCUCUUGCAUCCAUUUGCUAAUGAAAGCCAUGACAGAGACCGGCCGGCCACACAGGGAGAUGCGCAUGAACCCAAAAGCGAUAACAGCGCCGCAGAUGUUCGGCAGGCUGGACGUCGCCACUAACGACUGGACAGACGGCAUCUUCUCCACACUCUGGCGACGCUCACACAAGGUGAAGAAGGGCGAGAACAUAUGGCUGGUCCUGGAUGGGCCAGUGGACGCAGUUUGGAUCGAAAACCUGAACUCCGUGCUGGACGACAACAAAACACUGACCCUGGCGAACGGCGAUCGCAUCACGAUGGCACCCACCUGCAAGCUGCUCUUCGAACCAGACAACGUCGACAACGCCUCGCCAGCCACAAUCUCCAGGAUGGGCAUGGUGUUCAUGAGCGCAUCAGUCCUCGGAUGGAAACCAAUCCUCAAAGGAUGGCUGAACACGAGAACACAGGCUGAAGCUGAAAUGCUCUGGGGCUUCUACGACUCCAUUUUUGAAGACCUUAUCAACUAUGUCCGCCAAGAGCUCGUCAGCAAGAUGUUCGUCCAAGAGGCGAACUACACCACACAGUCCACAGAUCUGCUCACAGGCCUCAUCAUGGAACAGGAAGAAAAAGGCAAGUCAAGUCCACUUCCACGAGAAGAGAUGCAGCGCCUGUUCCUGUUCUCAGUCAUGUGGAGCUUGGGUGCGUUACUGGAGCUCGACAUGCGCGCCAAAAUGGAGCAGUUCGUGCGUGCACACGAGUCCAAACUCGACUGGCCCGUGUGCAAUGAAGGCGAAACCAUUUUCGAAUUCACUGUGAAUGCCAAGGGCGAGUGGGAACACUGGAGAAACUACGUGAGCGAGUACGUGUACCCGACCGACUCCGUGCCUGAGUUCUCAAGCAUUCUAGUGCCAAACGUAGACAACAUUCGCACAAACUUCCUCAUCAAUACGAUCACCAAACAAAACAAGUGCGCCCUGCUGAUAGGAGAGCCAGGAACGGCGAAAACUGUGAUGAUCAAGUCCGUGCUCAAUGACCUGAAUCCAGAGGAACAUGUCUACAAGUGCAUCAACUUCUCGUCGGCGACGUCACCUAUGAUGUAUCAGCGAACGAUCGAAAGCUAUGUGGACAAACGAAUGGGCACUACCUAUGGUCCUCCUAACGGUCGAAAAAUGACCGUCUUCAUCGACGACAUCAACAUGCCCGACAUCAACGAGUGGGGUGAUCAGAUUUGCAACGAGAUUGUGCGACAGCUGAUGGAGCAGCACGGGUUCUACUCGCUCGAGAAGCCCGGUGAUUUCACGCACAUCGUCGACACGCAGUUCUUGGCGGCCAUGAUCCACCCUGGCGGAGGCCGCAACGACAUCCCACCGAGGCUGAAACGGCGGUUUUCCAUCUUCAACUGUACGCUGCCUUCUGUGAACUCCAUGGACCAAGUGUUCCGUGUCAUCAGUUCUGGCUACUUCUGCUCAUCACGAUUCCCCGAGAACAUCGUCGAGUUUGUGCCAACCAUCGUACCGAUGACACGAAUCCUAUGGCAGAUGACAAAAGUGAAGAUGCUGCCUACUCCAGCCAAGUUCCACUACGUGUUCAACCUCCGCGACCUUUCUCGGAUAUAUGAAGGCAUCCUGAAGGUCGAGGCUGAAACGAUGCGACAGCCAGAAGAUGUACUCAUGGUGUGGAAACAUGAAUGUACUAGAGUGAUCGCAGACAGAUUUACAAGCGACGCAGACAAGGAGUGGUUCCAAGGAGCCUGCCAGACUGUGGCAAAGGACAGCCUACCCGAAGAGCUGGCGUGUGUUGUCAAGAACGAUCACUACUUUGUGGACUUCCUCCGAGACGCACCGGAGCCCACUGGCGAUGAGCCAGACGAUUUUGAACUGGAGACACCGCAUGUUUACGAGGCGAUAGAAAGCUUCGACGCGCUGGAACAAAGACUUCGAAUGUUCCAGGAGCAAUACAACGAGGCUGUUCGCGGUGCCGGGAUGGACAUGGUGUUCUUCGUGGACGCCAUGGUCCACUUGGUGAAGAUAUCUCGAGUUCUGCGGACACCUCGUGGGAACGUCUUGCUUGUCGGUGUUGGCGGAAGCGGCAAGCAGUCACUCACUCGGUUGGCAUCAUUCAUUGCUGGAUAUCAAACAUUCCAGAUCACACUGACAAGAGCGUACAGUACCAGCAACCUGAUGGACGACCUCAAGAUCCUUUACCGCGUGGCUGGCAAGGAUGGAAAGGGCAUCACGUUCAUUUUCACUGACAACGAGAUCAAGGAGGAGUCAUUCCUCGAGUACUUAAACAACAUGAUCAGCACAGGUGAGAUCUCAAACCUGUUCGCACGCGAUGAGAUGGAUGAGAUCACAAACGAGUUGAUCCCAGUGAUGAAGAAACUCGAACCACGCACGCCACCCACACCGGAUAACCUGUACACGUUCUUCAUAUCAAGGGCACGAAACAACAUCCACGUCUGCUUGUGCUUCUCGCCGGUAGGCGAAAAAUUCCGAUCUCGAGCACUGAAGUUCCCUGGUCUCAUUUCCGGCUGCACCAUGGACUGGUUCUCACGCUGGCCACCAGAUGCUCUGGUUGCUGUCUCGCACCACUUCAUCUCAAACCACCCUAUAGUGUGCACACCAGAGUCAAAAGAAGAGCUGAUCAAGAGCAUGGGUAUGGUCCAUGAUGGAGUGGCAAAGCUGUGCGUCCAGUACUUCGAGCGAUUCCGACGACAGACCCACGUCACGCCGAAAUCGUACCUCUCGUUCCUCGAUGGGUACAAAGCUAUCUACACAAACAAACACAAAGAGAUAGCAGAACUAGCUCGCAGGAUGAACAUGGGACUCACCAAGCUGGUAGAGGCGACCGCCAGUGUGAAUGAACUAGCUAUAGAGCUAGAAAAGAUGACGCAAACGCUCGCCAUCGCUUCAGCAGAGGCAGAAAAAGUGCUGGAGGAGGUCACGCAGUCGGCCAGUGCUGCUGAAAAAGUGAAAGCUGAAGUACAAGUAGUAAAAGAUGCUGCUGAGCAGCUCGUGCAGAAAAUCGCCGUCUCGAAAGGAUUCGCCAUGGAGAAAUUGGAGGCAGCACGGCCAGCCCUCGAGGAUGCGGAGCGGGCACUCGACACCAUCACUGGCGGUGACAUAUCCACGGUGAGGAAGCUGGGAAAGCCACCGCACCUCAUCAUGCGUAUCAUGGACUGCGCCCUGCUCCUUUUCCAGAAGCAUCUUGAUCCUGUCACCCCUGAUCCUGAUCGACCCUGUCUGAAGCCGUCAUGGGCCGACGCGCUAAAACUGAUGUCAAACACACAGUUCCUGUUCAUGCUGAAAAACUUCCCAAAAGACACAAUUAACGACGAAGUGGUGGAACUGAUGGAGCCGUACUUUGCCAUGGAGGAUUACACACUUGAGAGCGCAAAGAAGGUCUGCGGAAACGUGGCAGGCCUUUUGUCCUGGACUUUGGCCAUGGCCGUGUUCUUCGGCAUAAACAAAGAAGUGCUACCGCUCAAAGCAAUGCUUGCUGUCGAAGAAGCAAAACUUGAUGCCGCCAACAAACAGCUCGCCGAGGCACAGGCGCAACUGGACGAGAAACAGAGGGAGCUGGAUGAGGUGCAGGCCAAAUUCGACGCAGCAAUGGCCUCGAAACAAAAACUCGUGGACGACGCAAACAGGUGUCAGCAAAAGAUGGACAACGCGUCCACCCUGAUCAACGGCCUCUCCGGUGAAAGGGUACGAUGGACAGCGCAGUCCGAACUGUUCAAACAGCAGACUGAAUGGCUAGUCGGCGACGUGCUACUCCUGACAGGCUUCCUGAGCUACGCCGGCCCAUUUAACCAGGAGUUCAGGACAUUGCUCAUCAAACAGUGGGAGAAGGAACUCAAAACGAGACACAUUCCAUGCUCUGAGGACCUAAGCAUUAUCGGACAAUUGACAGACGCGCCUACAGUGGCUGAGUGGAAUCUGCAAGGUCUCCCAAACGACGACCUGUCGACACAGAACGGCAUAAUCGUCACUCAAGCGUCACGCUAUCCACUGCUCAUUGACCCACAGAGUCAAGGCAAAACCUGGGUGAAAUGCAAGGAGAAAGACAAUGACUUGAUCGUAUCCUCCCUGGACCACAAGUACUUCAGAAACCAUUUGGAAGACGCACUUUCUCUUGGAAGACCAAUGCUCAUUGAAGACGUGGGCGAAGAACUGGACCCAGCCCUGGACAACGUGCUGGAAAAGAACUUCAUCAAGUCCGGUAAAACACUGAAAGUAAAGCUCGGCGACAAAGAGGUAGACGUCAUGGAUGGCUUCACACUGUACAUAACCACAAAGCUGGGUAAUCCCACAUAUUCGCCCGAGGUGUCCGCCAGGGCCUCGAUCAUCGAUUUCACUGUCACCAUGAAAGGGUUGGAAGACCAGCUUCUAGGACGUGUCAUCGGCACCGAAAAGCAAGAACUGGAGCACGAAAGAACAAAACUGGUGGAAGACGUCACUGACAACAAGCGCAAGAUCAAAGAACUGGAGGACAAUCUCCUUUUCAAGUUGACCAGUACGCAAGGCUCGCUUGUAGAAGACGAGUCUCUGAUCGCUGUGCUAGCCAACACGAAAGAAACGGCAGCCGAUGUGCAUGAAAAGCUCAAGGUAGCGGCAGAAACCGAGCUGAAGAUCAACGAGGCACGCGAAGAGUUCAGGCCGGUGGCGACGCGUGGAAGUAUCCUCUAUUUUCACAUAUGCGAGAUGUCCAUGGUAAACAGCAUGUACCAAACGUCGCUGACCCAGUUCCUCGGCAUUUUUGACAGAUCUAUGUCAGAGUCAGAUAAGUCUCCGAUCCCGCAGAGACGUAUUGGAAACAUCAUAGAGUACCUGAACUACGCCUCCUUCCAAUAUACGUGUCGGGGUCUCUAUGAAGUGGAUAAGUUCCUCUUCACUCUCCUCAUGGCGCUCAAAAUUGAUCUCAACAAGCGCAUCGUCAAGUACGAGGAGUUCCAAGUGCUCAUCAAGGGCGGAGCAGCACUGGAUCUCAACAACGUCACACCCAAACCGUGUCGCUGGAUCAGUGAUCUGACCUGGCUGAACCUGGUUGAGCUCUCAAAGCUGCCGUACUUCCACGAGAUCUUGACGCAGGUGCCACACGCUGAGAAAACGUGGCGCGCAUGGUUCGAGAAGGAAGCACCGGAGGAGGAAGUCAUUCCAGAUGGCUACCACACGUCACUCGAUACAUUCCGACGGCUGCUGCUGAUCCGAUCCUGGUGCCCGGACCGCACAAUCGCUCAAGCGCGGAAGUAUGUCGGCGAGUCGCUUGGCAUGCGCUUCACGGAGCCUAUCCUUCUCGACUUGUUCCAGACAUGGAAAGAGUCGUCGCCACGCAUCCCUCUGGUGAACCUGCUCAGCACCGGAUCCGACCCAACGCCAAUGAUAGAGGCGUUGGCAAAGAAGCAGAAUGUUCCAUGCUCAGCCGUGUCCAUGGGACAAGGACAGGAGAUCCACGCACGCCGCAUCAUGACUGAGUACAUCGCUGGGGGCGGCUGGGUGCUGCUGCAGAACUGCCAUCUGUGCCUCGACUACCUGGCAGAAGUGGUCAACACCAUAAUCGAGACCGAGCAGAUCGACGAGCGCUUCCGCAUCUGGAUCACCACUGAGCCACAUCCAAAGUUUCCCAUAUCACUCCUACAGAUGGCCAUCAAGUUCACCAACGAGCCGCCGCAAGGCAUCAAGGCCGGUCUCAGGCGCACUUACCACGGCAUAUCACAGGAGCUGUUGGACUACACCAACUACCCUCAGUGGCGGCCACUGCUAUACGGGGUGUCGUUCCUUCACACCAUCGUGCAAGAGCGCCGCAAGUUCGGUCCGCUCGGCUGGAACAUCCCGUACGAGUUCAACCAAGCCGACUGGUCAGCGUCAGUGCAGUUUGUACAAAACCACCUAGACGACAUCGACCCAAAAAAGGGAGUCAGCUGGGUCACGGUGCGCUACAUGCUCGGCGAGGUCCAGUACGGUGGCCGCGUCACCGACGACUUCGACAAGCGUCUUCUAGUGACGUUCGCGAAGGUCUGGUUCAGCGACGCCAUGUUCAACGAGCAGUACUGCUUCUACCAGGGCUACGGCAUCCCGCGCUCCACGAAACAUCCCGAGGUCAUGGCGUUCAUCGACGAGCUACCUGCGGUGGACGCCCCACAGGCGUAUGGGCUCAACACAAACGCCGACAUCACGUAUCAGACGAACACCACCAAAGCGCUCCUGGACACAAUCCUUGCCAUCCAGCCAAAGGAAUCCAGCGGUGGUGGUGGCGAGACUCGCGAGUCGGUUGUUUACCGACAGGCUGAUGACAUGCUGAGCAAGAUGCCCGAUGACUACGUGCCGCACGAAGUGAAGGCGAGACUCCAGUCGAUGGGUGCGCUCAGCCCGAUGAACAUUUUCCUACGACAGGAAGUAGACCGCAUGCAGAAGGUGAUUUCGGCUGUGCGCCAAACUCUCUCCGACCUAAAGCUAGCCAUAGACGGAACCAUCAUCAUGAACGAGAAUCUGCGUGACGCUCUCGACAACAUAUUCGACGCAAAAGUGCCGGCACUUUGGAAGCGUAUCAGCUGGCAGUCGACCACCAUCGGCUUCUGGUUCACUGAGCUGCUGGAGCGCAACGCUCAGUUCCACGCGUGGGUAUUCCAAGGCCGGCCGUCCGUGUUCUGGAUGACUGGCUUUUUCAAUCCGCAGGGCUUCCUGACGGCAAUGAGACAAGAGGUGACGCGCGCACACAAGGGCUGGUCCCUGGACAGCGUUGUCCUCGCCAACGAAGUGCUCAAGGUAUACAAGGAGGACGUGGACACAGUGCCUCCGGAGGGCGUGCUCGUGCACGGCCUCUUCCUCGACGGAGCCGGCUGGGACAAGAAGAACUGCAAGCUGCAGGAGUCGCUGCCCAAGGUGCUGUUCAUCAAGCUGCCGGUCGUCCACAUCUUCGCGGUCAACAACCCGUCCGGCAAGGACGCUCGAUCCUACAAGUGCCCGGUGUACAAGAAGCCGAACCGGACCGACCUGAACUACAUCACCACGCUGUCUCUGCGCACUGUGCAGAGUCCCGACCAUUGGAUCCUCCGCGGUGUGGCCCUGCUCUGCGACAUCAAGUAGGCGUAGCUGACGACAUGCAGCCAACAAAAGGCAGCACCAAGCACGCAUAUGAUUCGUUCUGUGAUCGAGUCACUUAAAAUCGACUGCUCUUUUCACGAGCAAAGUUGUUACAAAGUGUAGUGUCCGCUUGUAAUGAGUUUAUCUGUCUGAAUGUUUAGAUCGGGCAAUGACAAACUUUUGUCUUUCAAUAGAAAAGAGAAGUGUAGUAAGGGCUAGCUACGCUUCCAUCAAAUAUAUCGGAAUUAGGUCA